AUGCUUAACACCUGUACUGGUUUUGAUUCAUUGCAUAACUCCGUUCUGCCUUGCCAAGACCAGUACUUUGUAGGAGGCCAGAGCUAUAAUUGCCCGUAUUCCACUACAACGUCAGAAUCUAGUGUUGACGUUUCCACGGAGACUUGGGUCUCUUUCUGGGCUGCUGGUCUCCUGGACGACAGAGAGCCCCAACAAGCACCACAGGCACAGGAAUCAUCCAGUGACUCCAAUUACCCUGUUCCUAACUCAUGUUCGUGGGAAGAGGCUCAGCUUUCCUCUCAGCUCUACAGAAAUAAGCAGCUCCAAGACACUCUAGUGCAGAAGGAAGAAGAACUCGCUAGGUUACACGAAGAGAAUAAUCAUCUCAGACAAUACCUGAAUUCUGCUGUGGUUAAAUGUCUUGAGGAAAAGGCCAAGAAAUUGCUGUCAUCAGAUGAGUUCUCCAAAGCAUGUGGACAAUUCAGAAAGAGAAAGAGGAAACCCAGAGAGCAAAGAUAUUUUCCUCCUGAGAUCCCCCAUCACAAAAAUGCCAAGAGAAACCUCUCUAGUGAAUUUGCUAACUGUGAAGAACAACCUGGGCCCCCUGUGGAUCCCUGGGUUCUUCAGACACUUGGGUUAAAAGACCUCAACACCAUCGAUGACACUUUAUCAGCUAACUACAGUGCCUUCUUUUCUCAUCCCAGAAGAACUGCCAGCACAUUUCCCUCAUUUCUGGAUGGUGCAGUUGAUUAUGAAAAUAUCCCCAGGGAGGAUCUGCCAAUUAACUAUGGAGGUGACGGAGCAACCCCCUCACAUAGCACUGCCAGGCCCAGGGAAGAUUUCCACUUCCUUUCUCAACUUUCAAACCCUCCAGGAGGGCUGCAAACUCCUCCUUACUAUACUUCUGAUGUGUCACCCAAUAAAACAGAGAUGGCCUUUUCCACAUCCCUGAGCCCUCACUGUAAUGUGAAAACUCAUUCCUUCCACCAGGGACAAGCCUUUGUUUGUCGAGAUGAGGAGGGAGGUUGGAAGUUUACCUGGGUCCCUAAGCAGUCUUAGUGACCCCUCUUCUAUCACAAAAGACUGCCAUCAACUCUGUUUACAAAGACUUCUCUUGCACUUGAACCUAUUUGGAAUACAGAAGCUCUUGCCCAGACUGUCUCCUGCCACUUUAAAUGUCACUCUCAAUUACCCACUUAAAUCUGCAGAGAACAGCUCCCAAGAAUCCAUAAUGAAACAUGCCUACCCUUCUUUCACCUAAAUUUGACUUGUUUGCACACCAACACCUGCUGUUGACUUCCUCCCUUUGCCCUGUACCUGAAAAGGUACUUUCCAAUUGCCUGAGUAUUCCUUUGAGGCCUACACAUGCUGUUCCAAUUACAACAAGUCUAACAGCUUUUCUUCUUUCAUCAAGCAGUUUAAAUGUUCACAGCCUCCACCCCUCUCACUUUUACCCUGUCCUGCUCCCCUGCAUUUCUGAAAACUCAGCCUUUAGAGUGAAUGCUAUUAUUGCUCCAAGUGCCUGUUAUUGAGUGUUCAGGUAGUGAGGGUGAGGUAGAAACAAGUGUCUUUGCUCAUCAUCGAACCCAAAGACGUAAUGUAGAUGGGAGCAGUGUUAUGUGUAGUGCAAUUCAGUAAGUUAAGCAUGCCGUGGUGGAGUUGACAGAGUCUCUUCAAAGAGCUGUAACUCUACUGAAUAAGCAAUACCACGGAUAAAUUAAAAGAUUAAAGAGAAUUAAAUGUUCCAUGGUGGAUCAGCUUCUAUAGGCACCUGGCAUUGCCUCUUUAACCCCCAUGACUCCAACUAGAGCAUGUUUGAGGGACUAGGUAACUACUCAUGAUCCUAAUUGCCCAGAUGCUGUCAAACUUCUGGUCCUGCAAGUAUAGGCUAGCCCAGCUCUGCCAUUGUCUCCCUCAUUCAUUUGCUUAUUUAUAUAAUCAUUUUUUCAUUCAUUGGCCUGCACAAAAUAUUUGUACAACACCUGCCAUGUACAGGAGCUGUGCAAUGGGGUAGUGAUGUGAGCAAGUUAGACCUUGUGGUCACCCUCAUGAGACUUAGAGCCACUUUUCUGCUGUGUCCUUGAGAAACCUACUUCCCAAGUGUGAAGAUUCAGUUUUCCUGGCUGCAGAAUACAGAAGCUAGAUGAGAUAAUCACUAGCAUUCUAUAAAUUGAGGCUGGGUCCACCAGCUUUACUCCAAUGCUGCCAUCCCAGCUCACCCUUCUCUUUAGUUUUGAUAGUACCAUAGGUACAUUGGGUGAGCUUUACAUACAUGCUUUUUUAAAGAUGAGCCAUUUGUAGUUAACCCAAGAAAUCACUGCUCUGAUCACAGUAUUCUUUUUCUGGUAUGAGCCCAUUUUGUAGGUUGAUUCAGACUAUGUGAGAGUAACUUGCAUCUAACAAAUAGAGUCAUUGAUUUUUAAAUGUGUGCAUAAAUUUAAUGUAAAUGUUAACAUCAAAGAUUUCUCUUUUUCUAAAUAAAAAAAAUAUUCUUAGUGCUCAUGUUAGUUCUCCGCAAGCAUCCUAUGCUUCCCUGAAUAAUUUACAUAUUAAAGAUGAGCACCUCUGUGUUUUUGGAAAAAAAACGUCAGUUAGAGAUAAAAUCUACCAUCUUUGCCUCUUUCCUGUUUUUCUUUUUUCCACGCCUCAGUAAGUCAAGUUGUACCAUCAACACCUGAGAACAUGAGUGUGCCCUUCGGAAUUCUUUGUACCCAAGACAUGACUUUUGUCGUUGUUGCACUCUGGUUUUUGCUUUAUUUUGGUCAUUGCAGGCAAGUAAUCUGUUUAAUAAAGUUUUGUUACCACCUGGUUUUGUUUAUAAUCCAUAAGAAAAAUCUAAGAUAUUAACUAAUAUUAUUCUCCAGAGUAUUUUCAUGACUUAGGAAGAGAUAGAACAUGUUCUAUUUUCUAAAAACAAACAAAUGACAAAAAAAAAAAAACACAAACAAAAACAAAAACAAAAACAAAAACAAAACAAAUAAACAA